CAGCCACAGGUCAUCAUCUGAGCCCCGAAAGCUAUGUAGCCAGGAUGUCGAGGAAGUGGAGGUAGAGUUGGUCAACCCACUUCCUUCCUCAGUGCUGGGUUUAUCUCCAACGACCGGCGUCAUCAGACACACCAUCAGGUACUCAGAGACCGACCUGGACGCUGUGCCCCUGCGCUGCUACAGAGAAACGGAUAUCGACGAGGUGUUGCUGGCCGAGCAGGAGGAAGACUCUGCAUUUAGUAGUAACCGCAGUGUGCCAGGGACCUCCGGCAGCAGCAGCUCUCUGGAGGCAACGUGGUGGCCACAUGCAGACGGGGUUGAGGAGGAUGAGGAUGAAGAGGUGGCAAGCUGGGCCAGUGUGAGGAUGCAAUGUGACAGGAAGAGGCAGCAUGCCAUGCAUGAUGGAGAUGAGGUGUUCAGCCAGUUGCUCAAAGGUUCCCCAAGUGGCCAGACUGCCCUUAAGUCCCCUAUCUCUGUGGGAAGCCCUUCCAGGACCUCCAUGGAUGGACUGGACUCCUUCAGCCGGCACUUCGAAAGCAUUAUGGAGUCAUACCGGUCCAAGAGCACCUCCUACAGUAGCCUGGACAGUGAGGACCUGACCCCCUGUGGCCCAUCUGUCUUCACGUUUGACCUUCCCACCUUGACCCCUGGGAUCCAGAGCCAGAUCUGUGACCGUGCCAAGCAGAUUAUUGAGUUGAGCUUUGCUCCAUUGGCCCAGUCCGGAGCUCCUGGCCUUUCAGGCUCCGCUGCUCAAGAGGCACCCCAGGGCUCAGCAUGUACAGGCCUGGAGGGCACAGCCAAGGAAGAGAACGAGUUGUCUACUGGCACUCCAGCCAAGAACCACCUUCCAGCUGACUCUGACACAGAGACCACACAAAGGGAACGCUCAUCACCGCCUGUCUCCAUGUCUGACCCUGACGUCGCUAUCGCUAACGGCAACAAGGGCAACCUGCCAGCUGCCAAGCGCCUGGCCAAGCGCCUCUACAACCUGGAUGGCUUCAAGAGGUCCGACAUUAUGCGGCACCUGAGCAAAAACAACGAGUUCAGCCAGAUGGUAGCGGAGGAGUACCUGAUUCACUUUAACUUCUCAGGCUUGUCCUUGGAUCAGUCGCUGAGAGUUUUCCUGAGAAAGAUCACCUUCACGGGGGAGACACAAGAGAGAGAAAGAGUGCUGUCUCAUUUCUCCAGAAGAUACCUGCAGUGCAACCCCAACACAAUACCAAAUGAAGACAGUGUGCACACUCUGACCUGCGCUCUGAUGCUCCUCAACACAGACCUGUAUGGACACAUGAAUGUGGGGAAGAAGAUGUCCUGCAGGCAGUUCAUAAGCAACCUGGAGGGCUUAAAUGGUGGGCAGGACUUCCCUAAAGAGCUGCUCAGGGCACUCUACAACUCCAUCAAGAAUGAGAAGCUCCAGUGGACCAUUGAUGAAGAGGAGCUGCACAAGUCUUUCUCAGAGUUGACCACCAGCAGGACAGACUCGGCGUCCCACACUCUGAAGCGCAGUGGCAGUGGGACGGGGCCUCUGGUCAGCCUGGCCCAGCAGGCUAACGCUCAGGUCUACAAGAACGGCUUCCUCGUACGCAAAGUCCACGCUGACCCUGAUGGCAAGAAGACCCCACGAGGUAAGAGAGGAUGGAAGUCAUUUUAUGCCAUUCUGAAAGGAAUGGUCCUAUACCUGCAGAAGGGAGAAUACCACGCGGAUAAGCAGCUGUCUGACGAGGAUUUGAAGAAUGCGGUGUCCAUCCACCACUCCCUAGCACUGAGGGCUGCGGACUACAGCAAGAGAGCCAACGUUUUCUACCUGCGCACUGCUGACUGGAGGGUCUUCCUGUUCCAGGCAACCAAUGCCGAGCAGAUGCAGUCGUGGAUCACCCGCAUCAACACAGUGGCAGCCUUGUUCUCUGCCCCGCCAUUCCCAGCAGCCAUUGGCUCCCAAAAGCGGUUCAGCCGGCCUCUCCUGCCAGGUUCCAGCACAAAGCUCUCCCAGGAGGAGCAGGUGCAUUCCCACGAGGAGCGCUUCCAAGCCGUCUCCUCCGAACGGCAGGAGCUGCGCUCCAUCCCACAGGAGCGGAAGCUCAGAGGGAAGGAGCUGGAGGAGGUCAAGCAGAGGGAGGAGUACCUGGAGUUUGAGAAAACCCGGUAUGGGACGUACACCAUGCUGCUGAGAGCCAAGAUCCGCUCGGGUGAGGUAGACGUGGCCGCGUUCGAGGCACGGUUGUUUGCAGACGCAAGCCUGCAGAGGGCACAGUCGAGCCCCACGCUGCCGCAGGACAGCAGCUAUGGCAGCAGUGGCGGUGGCAGCAAGAAGGGCCAUCUGAGCGAGGGCCGCAGGCCCAAUCACCAGCAGGCCAUCAAGCCGUGAGGCGGGCCCACCGGCCGCUCCUAGAGUUGCUCUGGGAGGCCCCCGCAAGGGCUACGGUGAGUAUUGAGUGCGAAAGUGAGCAAAAGGAGGUGGCUUGCGUCAUUCCACCGCAGUGGCCCCGCCCCAGCGGUGUCCCGUGGGCUCUGCUUGGACUGGCACCAGAGGCUAUGAGGGCAGCUGGAGAAGCUGGGUGUGACCCGUCCCUGCGCUCUCCUCCAUCCCAGCUGUGGAUCGCCCGGUUUCUGGCCACUGGCUGCAGAGCAAGCACCUGGCCCCACCGGGCGGAGGAGUGUCAGUACAGCACCCCUCCCCCACACCUGGGAACCCUUUCUUUAGUUCGACCUCACACUGCUGUCAGUAGCAGGUAGGCUGUGCAUUUCCAUGGCCUGCUUUCACCUUGUUGUGCAUAUUUAUUGUCUUUUCCUUGAUCAGACAGUAUGCUUAAACAGGCUAAGUACAAGUCUGUCUGCCAAAAUAAAUAACAACAAAAGCUAUUAUUUUCUAUUGGUUUGCCGCUGUAUUUAUAUCAUCUGUCUGGGUCCAGAAAGUGAGGAUCAGAGUUGUAGUGUUCAAUUCUAAAUAUUUCCACAUUUUAAUCAACCCAAAUAUAUCUGUGCUAACUUGGAUAUUUUAUGCCCUGCACUAUUACUAAAUAGAAUUUACAUUUCUGUGAUUUAUAGAAUAUUUAGUUGUUCUAUCAUUCUUUUUUUCCCUUGCUCAGUCAGGAAAUUGUAGGGAAAAGAGCCUAUAUAGUCCUUAUUCAUUCAUGUUUUCAAGCACGCUUGUGAUGUAAAGACAAUCAGUUUCCUCGUUUCCUUACAGUAUGAUUCCCAUUAAAUGUAUUAGGGCUGCACAAUAUGGCUAAAACAUUGUAUUACUACAUGACCAAAAUUAUUUGCCUCAUCAAAACAGUGACUGAGUACCAAUCUGGACUGUCUGAAAUAAGCCUGAUCUAAAAAUCGAGUCUGAAAUGACAAUUAGCAAAUGGGCUACUGUGCAGCCCUAACUCAUAUUGUGUCUUGUGUGUAUCGUUUUUAUCAUGAAAGUCAGAGUGGUAGGAGGACAGCAGCUGUACAUGAGGAACAAAACCCGCUCGUCUUUGUGUGCUUCAGGAUUUAUGUCAGAAUUGUACAUAUUGCGGUCGAUGAACUUUUGAAGGAGGCGGAAUGAGAAAUUUGGAAUAGAGGGCAUAAGAUAAUUGGGGAAGGGAGGGGGGGAUGUUCCUGUUCAAACCCUCAGAAUGUGCUCAAGUCAUUUUCUUCUCAGGCACCCAUCCAAUAUAUUGUAAAAUGUAUUAAUUACCACAGCAAUGCAUACAUGAGUCAUAAAGAUCUAAAGUGACCGUUAGCACUGCCAUCCUAUGAACGACUGAGAAAAUGCAUUUAUGGUAAUGCAGACAACACAUCAUUUUGAACCUUUGCUUUAAAGAAGUAGAAUAUAUGAGACCCAAAUCAACAGCACUUCAGCCUGUGAUGCUCCACUGCACUUUGGGUAAUAUUUGUGUAGAUUUUAUUGAAUGAGAGGAGAGAGUUAUUUAUAUAUUCUGGACAUUUAUAAUUCAUGUCGUCUUGAGUGUUUGUUUGUUUAUGAAUUGAUUUAAGAAGUUAUUCUAUGUACUGUUUUUAAGGGAAACAGCUACUCCAAGUAAUUCACCAACACAACAUUCUACUGUACAAUACUGUUACUUGAAAAUUUGUGUUAGGUUUUAUCGCUUUUAGUUGUAAAUACUGUGUUGAAACUGCUCAGUAAGAAAGAUGGUAUUGUUUGCUAUAGACAUUAAAAUAAAUCCCUUUUAAAAUGAC